GCCGCGUCGGAGGAGGCAGGGCGCCCUCGCGUUGGCUUCUGGGAUGCGGCUCCGCGGCGCGCACUGUUGGCUGGGGAGCUGCGGGCCCGGGGCGCCGGCGAGCCCGCGGGUGGCGCGGGCCGAGUGGGAUCGUCGGCGCGAUAAUGGAUUCUGAAUUAAUGCAUAGUAUAGUAGGAAGCUACCUUAAACCUCCAGAAAGAGUAUUCGUUCCAUCAUUCACUGAGAGUGAUGAGUCAGCUCAGACUCACCGUCCUGUGAACUUAGAAGUUACCUCUCCUAAAAUGCUUCAUAGUCCAAAUAGCCAAGCUCUUAUUUUAGCCUUAAAAGCUCUUCAGGAAAAGAUCCACCGUUUAGAGUUAGAGAGAACACAAGCUGAAGAUAACCUGACCGUUCUUUCCAGAGAAGCGGCGCAGUAUAAAAAGGCCUUGGACAGUGAAACAAACGAGAGAAAUCUGGCACAGCAGAAGCUCAUGAAGCAGAAAAAAGACAUAAGCGCACAGCUCAGCUCAGCCCAGUCUCGCUGCGCUCUUCUAGAGAAGCAGCUCGCGUGUGCGAAGAGAAUGGUUCUCAACGCAGAGCGAGAGAAGAGGAUGAUCCUCGAGCAGCAGGCCCAGCGUCAAAGGGAAAAAGAAAAAGAUCGUCUGAAGCUGCAAGCAAAACUUGAAAAGCUCAAUGUCUUAGAAAAAGAAUGUUUUAAACUCACAACAACUCAGAAAACCGCUGAGGACAAGAUUAAACAUUUAGAGGGAAAACUCCAAGAGGAAGAACAUCAUCGGAAGCUGUUUCGGGACAGAGCUGCCGAGCUUCAAACUGGACUUGAAAUCAAUAGAAUUUUAAUGUCCUCAGUAUCAAAUCCAAAACGCUCCAAGGAUAAGAAAGCUUCAAAGAAAAGUAAGUGUUUAAAUAAAGGGCCCCCUCAGCAGAUUCAGUCAAGGUUUGGAUCGCUGCCCCUUGUGACUGAAAAAUCUGCCAGGGCAAUACAUUCCAUGAACGUGAGUGUGCAGACGAUGCAGCAUUGCGGGCCUCGGGGCCUUCAGGGUCCUGCUCAAGCUGCUGAGCCGAGGUGCCCCCGCAGGCCCACCAGGGCUGCUUCCCAGGGUGCCGCUGUGCCUGACGCAGAAAAGUCCAUUUCCAUGUGUGACUGUUUGUCUGAACUUUUGAUAGCAAUGCAGGAUGAGCUGGACCAAAUGGGUUUGGAGCACCAAGAACUCCUGAAUCAAAUGGAGGAAACUGAAAGUGGUUCAGUCUGUGAAGACAUAGAAUGUGAACUACAGCACUUAGUCAAGAAGAUGGAAAUUAAAGGAGAACAAAUUUCCAAACUGAUGAGGCAUCAAGACAAUGUCCGUAAACUGCAGCAAAAAAUUCAAAACUCAAAGAUGAGUGAAGCUUCAGGCAUUCAGCAAGAAGAUAGCAACUAUAAAGGAUCAAAGAACAUAAAGAAAAGCCCCAGAAAAUGUUUGCUAACUAACUCUCUUCAGAAGAACAACUUCCAUCCAUUAAGGGUCUGUAAUCUUCAAAUGAAAUUGAGAAGAGAUGAUAUCAUGUGGGAACAAUAACAUAUCAAUAACAACAACACAGUAGCAAAACCUUAAAUGAACUGUCAGUGAGAUCUUGAAUUGCCUAAAGUGGUUUUAAUAUGCCUUUAUAAUAUUUUGAAUUAUUUUUCUAGCCCCUAUAAAGUGUCAAGUUAGAGUAUUUUUAAAUUGAUGCCUAAUGACCUCCUAAGAGUCCCAAAUAAUAAAUGAUUGACUUUUUGUUUCUCUUAUUAACUGAAAUGCCUAAUCACACCAUGUUUUAGAAACAUUGUUCACCUUACAGAUAUCUUAAGCUAAACCUCAGAAAUUCUACUGGAUUGAUGAUGUUUAAAAUUGAGUUAAUGUGAGACCCAGGUACCAUUCUGCUUUUUCAUUUAGUAACUAGCCUGUAAACUUAAGAACAAAGGUAAAAUGAACAUAGUGCGGAAGGGUCUUUUAACUUCCCCGGUGCUUCCUCCCUGUCUCGUUUUAGGGCUAUGAAAUAUUUUUCUUUUUUUAGAGAAGGAGAAGCUUUGUGAAGAGGUCUUAGCCCAAGCUUCUGUAUGACAAAGGAACCCGUAGUUACUUAAUUUUUAGGUGACACCAACUCGGCUGUAGAAGCCGUCCUCUGCUAUUCCCGUUCUUUUACAAAUCUAGUGGGGGUUUUUUAAACACCAGUGACCCAUCCUAUCCUUUUAUAACUCUAACUUUUGAUGAUGUCUGGUCUUUACAUUAUAUAUAAUACUCAUGUGUAUAGACUAGAAUUAAUUUCAAGGACCCACACUAUAUUCUUUUAUAGGAAUAGAAAGAUGAUGUUGAAAAUUUCAUUACUUCAUCUAGCAAAAAUUCAGGAAAAUACACACUUUUAUUUUUUAUAUUUUUAAGUCAGCGAGGUCAUGGGAUUGCUUUGUGUGUGUGUGCUUUAUAAUAAAUUUCCACUUGUUGACAUCUUUUCAGAA